GAGAGAGAGAGAGAGAGAGCUACUCGUUAACCACGUGAUCUGAAAGUGAAAGAGAAAGUGUUGUUUUCUUCACAGAAAUGGGGACUGCGCCGAAAAUGUACUUUUAUUUGUUGCUGAUAGUUUUCAUCUGUGACGGGUUCAAUGUCCACGGUCCACCUGGUCCUCUCAUUGUUCAGCUGGGAGACUCAGUGAUGCUGCCCUGCUUUGUGGAAACUCCUCUUCCAUUGGAAGAACUUGAAGUGGGAUGGAAAAGAAAUGACAGUGAAACUCUAGUGCACUUGUGGCAGGAUGGAGAGAGUCGACCAGAGUCUCAGAACCAGCAUUAUCAUGAAAGAGCUCAUUUCUUCACAGAAGAGAUCGCUCAUGGAAACUUCUCCCUCCUGCUUACAGAUGUGACCAGUAAAGAUGCAGGAGUUUAUAAGUGUGUUGUUUACACAAAGCUGGAUUCUGGAGAAACUCUGAUUGAAAUAAAGGAGAUUGAGCGCUUGAUCGUCUCUGGAGCCCACAUUAUAUCUGCCUAUGCAGGUGAAGAUAUCACUCUGAAUUGCUCCGUAGACUCUCAUGUCACACCAGAAGAGGUGUCAUGGACGAAAACUGAUGAAGGUAUCUUAGUAAUGCUCUAUGAGGAGGGUGAGAUCCGGACAGACUCGACCGGUGAGAGAUACGUGGACAGAGUAGAAUUCUUCAGUGCUGAAGAAAGAAACAAAGGAAACUUCUCUUUGAGACUGAAGAAUGUCCGAACAGAAGACAAAGGGCUGUAUAUGUGUUUAGUGUUCUCUGGUGCAUUAUCAGCUAACACAACUGUGGAGAUACAGCAGCUGGGUCUUUCCUUUCUGCAUAUUGCAAUUUUCAUUUUGUGUAUUCUUGGAUUUGUAAUCGGAUCACUUAUACUAGGCUUCCUAUCUUACACAUCUUAUAAAAAGGAAGAGGACAGCAGCAGAAGAGCCCUAGCUAUACAGUGUGCACAUGUUCUUAUUCCUAAUAUUACUAUGUCCAUUGUCUUCAUCCUCUGGGGUUUCACUGAUGGGUAUUUUACUGAAGCAGCAACCUGUUCAGCACUUAAUUUUGCACGGAUCCUUUUUCUACUUUGGAUUGCUCUCGAUUUGAAAACAUUUCCAGAUUUUCCCAAACGAUUAAUUACCAACUUGGCAAUUCUACUACAGUGCACUGUGAUAACUGUUGCUGCUUAUUCUUCUAUUAUUGUGGAUAUGGACUAUAGAUUAACCACUGCAGUGAAAGUGGCUCUGAUCAUUGUGCUCCUGGUGCUACUUAUUCCUCUUCUGGGUCUUAUCGUUGUAGUAUGCUGUAAAAGGACUACAGACAGUCGUGCAGGCUGGAUUUACAUGAUUACAGUAAUCAUUGAUAUUCUACGAAUAAUUAUUUUUGCAGCUGUAAUGCAAAGAAGUUUAAUUGGAGUUCUGAUGUGGAUAUUGGUUCCAAUCUUCAUUGUGACUUUGUUUUAUUCCUUUGUUUUUUGUCUGAGUUUUUUUCACUAUGCAUUAUUGUGGUUGCUCCUGGAGUUUGUUAGAGCCUCAGGGUCGAUCUACGUCCAUUAUAAUUUGGAUAUUGAUGUGAAAGAACGUGACGCUUUGGUCUGUGUGACUACAUUCCUCCAAAUCUUGUCCCUGAUUACACUGUUUACAUUUCUAAACAAUUCAAAAGCGACACAGCGAGCUUAUUUGGUUGUGUUCAUGUUUGGUACAGUGGGGGUUGUGUUUGUGAAUGCUGUUGUGUUAUCAGUAGAGCUGAUCCUAAAAGCACGAAAUGGUGAGCGUACAGUGGAUCUGCGACUUAUUCUCCUACCGACUGAAAGUGUAUUUGCUGCGUGCUACCUUGCUUUACAAAUAUCUACUUUCUGGAAGGAUAACAGAGAAAGGUUUAAAAAAGACAUAGAGAAGCUGCGACAGAAAUGUGUGUGUAAACAGAGACAGAGGGAUUCACCUCCACAAAGUAAUGAACAUGAACUGGCGAGUCUGGCUUCUGCUCCUCAGACCUAAGGGUCUUAGCAGGUUUAUUAUAUGUUCAGCUGUAUCCAGUAUCUCCCUGUGUUAAUAAGAAUAGACAGAGUGAUACAUUUUCUUAUUUAUCUCACAUUUGUCUCAGGAAUAUUCUAGUAAUAAAGUGGACAUCGACUGUCUCAACAAACCCAAACCAUCACCCCUCCACCACCACGCUUCACACUUGGUUUAAUCUGCUUAAAGAGCCCUAUAGGUGACAUGAUGUUGCUUUUGGGGUUUUAUUUAUAUGACUGAACAUUAAAGAGUCUGACAUUGGACUGAAUUUGCUGAGACACUCACUAAUGAAACAUACAGAGCAGCUGUAUUAAAGGUUCUCCUCACAUGUAAACAGUCCUUCUAACUGUAGAAUGGUGAAUCCUGACUUCUGGCUGUUGUCCUUUCUCCUUGGUAUGAUGUAGACACACACCCGAGUGCUCCAGAACCCCAAACUGACCAAAGUUCUGCUUUUAUACGUGUAGUCACACCUCACUGAUGAUGAAAUAAUGUUGUGUAUUUCAUUAGUAACCUGCCUGCUAAUUACUCUGCAGGAAGCGUGUUCUUUGUGAGAAAAAUUAUUACUUAAGGUUAUUUAUUUCUUUAUAGAUGUUAAUGAAAACCACACAAUUAUUAUUUAGCCUCUGAUACAUAAAAAUAUAGUUAAUAAAGUUAAUAAAGUUAGGUGUCAUUUCCCCAGAACUCUGAAUGCACUGGUUUUAUCACUUCAAAGUUUUUUUUAUUCCUGUAAUGUUCUAUACAUAUUGUGUGUAUAUAUAAUAUAUAUUUUUUACAAUCCUUAGUGUGAUACUUAAAUGUGAAUCUCUUGUCUUCAUGUUUGCUUCUCCAAUAUAAUUGUUUUUAUUAUUUAAUUGGCAGGAAUUAUGACUUGAUUUAUUAAUUAAUUGGCUAUUUUGUGACAUAUUAUAGAGUACAGAUAAGGAUUUAAACUCUAUCUGUCAUUUUAAAACUUUUAUCUUAUUGUUUUAUUCAUCUGCCACAUUCACCUUUAUUUAUGACACGAUAGUCCUUUAUCGGACAUCUGUGUAUAAAUAUUCAGGGAUGAUAAACUUUUCUAUUCGUUUAUUGCAUCUUAGGGAGCUCAGAAAUGAUAUUUUUAUAUACAGAGCAAAACAAUCCGUAUACAUAUUAUCUACGUAUUUCAUGUAAGAGUGAUGAGUGACAGGUACGAAAAGUAAAAAAAAAUAUUUAUAUAAUUGUGUAUACCGUUCAUUACAUAAUGUUCUGUGUGUUAAAACACUGAAUUUUUAAUUUUUUUGUAAAGUUUUGUAAAUGUAUAUAGAGUUAUUUUCUUUUACUUUUUAUAUGAAUCGGAGUGUACAGAAUAAUAUUUUGUGUAAGAGAAAUACAGUAUUUCAUGUUGCUUUUGUUCUACUUUAUUAUUGUUACUAAAUCUCAUGUACUGGAUCUGUAAUAUAUUCAGCCAUAUGAAUGUGGAGCUUCCUGGUUUGUUAUAAUAAUAAUAAUGAAACAAAUAAAUUCAUUUACAUUGUUUCA